AUGCAUGUGCCGGACAUAGAAUCAGGGCCUGAUACUUUUGAGAUUCUUCUCACCACAGACAACCAUGUCGGGUACCUGGAGACGGAUCCGAUUAGAGGCAAUGACUCGUGGAGAACGUUUUCUGAAAUCAUGAGCAUUGCAAAAUCCAGGGACGUCGAUAUGGUUAUCCAGGCAGGCGAUUUAUUUCACGUCAACAAGCCCAGCAAGAAAUCGUACUACCAUGUGAUCCGGACUCUUCGCGAAUUCUGCUGGAUCGACAGGCCUCGUGAAUACAAGCUCGUAUCUGAUCCGUCGGUCGUGAUGUCCACGCGACAUUUUAAUUACCCAUGUGAAUAUGAUCCCAACGUGAAUGUUGGAAUGCCUGUCUAUGCUAUUUCCGGAAAUCACGACGAUGCGACAGGAGACGACCUUCUCUCACCCCUGGAUCUCCUUUCUGUUGGUGGUUUACUGAAUCAUUUUGGACGGAUCACAAAUAACGACGAGAUCAAAGUUAGCCCAUUGCUCUUCCAGAAAGGCAGUACUAAUUUUGCGCUGUAUGGCCUCCAAAGCAUACGAGAAGAGCGUCUGAAACGGACUUUGGCCUCGGGAAAUGUGGAGUUUUUGCAGCCGGAAGAUAGCGAAAACUGGUUCAGUCUGAUGUGUGUUCACCAGAACCAUGUGCCCAGACCGGGAACGCGCGUUCUCGAAGAGGCACAUCUUCCUCAUUUUUUGGAUUUCGUGUUUUGGGGCCAUGAGCACGAGUGCAUUCCUAGUCCGAUGCACAACAUGGCCAUGGGAUUCGACAUUCUUCAGGGCGGCUCGUCGGUUGCAACGUCGUUGAGCGAGGGUGAAGUGCCGGACAAGCAUGUCUAUUUGCUCAAAAUUAAAGGAAAAGACUAUAGUCUCGAGCCCAUAAGGCUCAAGUCUGUGCGGCCUUUUGCGAUGAAGGAUAUAGUAUUGAGCGAGACCGGGAUUCCUGCAACAUCUGGAAAUAAAGAAGAGGUCAUUAAUUUGCUUAUAGACGAGGUGGAGGGACUGAUCGAAGCCGCAACCUGCAAAUGGAAAGAAGUUAAUCAGGACUUGCUAGAAACUCUUGUGGACAUUGAGAUACCUCUUCCUCUUGUCAGACUCCGCGUCGAGUACAGUGGAGGCUACGAGGUGGGAAAUCCUCGCAGGUUUUCCAACAGGUUUGUCGGCAAGGUUGCAAAUAUCAACGACAUUGUCAUAUUCUACAGGAAAAAGACGGUCGGCAACAAACAGGUGUCCAGGUUGGCGCAGAAGCAACAGAGCGAGGAUCAUGAACUAGAAAUUCGCGAAGGCACUCUCGACAUCGGUGACUUUGUGCAGCGACAACUGGGCGAAGACGACCUUUUGCUGCUCAAAAAGACGGACAUGUCGAAAGUGAUUGAAGAAGCCAUGAUGAAAGACGACAAACACUUGAUUAAGAAAUUUGUUGAUGACGAGCUUGGUAAUGAUCUGGAGCUUUUGCUGAAGCUCCGGGUCGACGAGACAGACAACGUCGAAGGCAAGUCCUUGAAUGAGCUAAAAAAAGGUUUCAGGAACAUAGUGAAGGAGCUACGUGCGAAAGCCAAAUACAGUGAGCGACCUUCAGACCAGAACGAGCAGCCCCGAGUUAGCUCGGAUCUGUUUGUGGAGUCCGAUGAGGAGCCAUCGACGCGUGGCAGACGUAAGAAAAGGCAAGAUCCUGUGCCUGAUCUCACACAAUUCAUGCACCCUAGUGAGCCGAUGGUGAUUGAUUCAGACAUUUCUGACGAUGGUCUGAUUCAAAUCGAAGAGCCCAAAAAGACCACCCGCAAAAAGACAACAAAGCCGCGCAAAACCGCUUCCAAACCAACCAGUCUGUUUGGUGCAGUUGGCCGCUAG